AGUGCACGAUGCGCAGAGUCAUCAUCUGUCAAGCAGAAAACUAGAGAAUCAUUUGCCAGCCGCUUGCAGAACGUUUCCGUGGGUUAUUUAGUUUAUUUCCCUGUCUUACCACAAGAAAAACAACAUAUUUCAGUAGUGCUUGUGUGGUUUAACAGCAGCGACCCUUUCUACAAGUUCCACUGCACGAUCACACCGUCGACGACCCAGCUCUUUGGAAGGUAUCACGGAAAGAACCCGUACAUCAUGGACCAAGCGAUGGACAUUAACGCGUUCGAGGGCCGCAUCGUAAAGAUGGAGGUCGAUUAUAGCGCAACAUGCGACGAAAAGAUCCCGCUCUGCAAGGAGAUGGCCAAGGACGAGAACAAGUUCAACGAGGCACUGGAAAUACUGCUCCAGCUCGAAAAGCAAACGCGCAUCGGUGCCGAUAUGGUGUCGAGCGCUCGCGCUCUCAUCGCAAUCGUGCAGAUUUGCUUCGAAGCCCGCAACUGGAACUAUCUGAACGAGUACGUUACGAUACUGGUCAAGCGCCGGUCACAAUCGAAGCAGGCGGUAGCUAAGAUGAUCCAGGAGUGUUGCACGUACGUGGACAAAACGCCCGACAAGGAAACAAAGCUGAAGCUGAUCGAUACGCUACGUACGGUGACGGAGGGCAAGAUUUACGUUGAGGUGGAACGUGCGCGGCUAACGAAGAUGUUGGCCGACAUUCGGGAAGCGGAUGGGGAUGUAACCGGUGCGGCCACCAUCAUGGAGGAGCUGCAGGUCGAAACGUACGGUACGAUGGAUAAGCGCGAGAAGGUAGAGCUUAUCCUCGAGCAGAUGCGGCUCUGUUUGGCCAAGCAGGACUUUGUCCGUACGCAGAUCAUUGCGAAGAAGAUUAACAUUAAGUUCUUCAACGAUGCCGAGCAGCAGGAUUUGAAGCUUAAGUACUACGACCUGAUGAUACGGUUGGAUAAGGAUUCGUCGUUCAUUAAGACUUCGCGCCACUACUUGGCGGUGGUGGAUUCGGAAAUGAUUGCACAGGAAACCGAGCGAAGGCAGAAGAUGAUGAUCUAUGCCGUGCUGUACUGUAUCCUGUCGCCGUACGAUAACGAGCAGGUCGAUAUGAUGCACAAUCUGUCCAAGAACAAGCUGCUCGAGGAGCUGCCGGUGUACAAAGAACUGCUGCGUUUGUUCAUGUGCAAGGAACUGAUCAACUUCGACGCACUCUGCACGGUGUACGGUGCCGAGCUGAACACGUUCGAUAUCUUCAACCAGGAAACGAGCCACGGCAAGAAGUGUUGGGCCGAGCUGAAGAACCGCCUGAUCGAGCAUAACGUGCGCAUCAUCUCGAACUACUACACGCGCAUCAACCUGAAGCGUAUGGCCGAACUGCUCGAUCUGAGCGAAGGUGAAUGUGAGGAGUACCUUUCGCGAAUGGUAAACGCCGGCACGCUCAAGGUGAAAACGGACCGACCGGCCGGAAUUAUUCAUUUCUCGCAGAAAAAAUCCGCCUCCGAAGUGUUGAACGAUUGGGCCUUCGGGCUGAACGAGCUGAUGAACCUGGUGAACAAAACCUGCCACCUGAUCAACAAGGAGGAGUGCAUCAACAACGUAAUGCCAAUGCCGGUGGCGGCUUCAGCGGCCGCACCAACGUCGGCAUCGUCGUGAGCGUGCGAGACUGAUGAACAUUAUCUCAAACUACAGUAAUCGUUUAUCGGUUUUACGCUUGCCUGCAGCGGGGACGGCCCAUUUACACGUUGUUUUAGAAGCAUCGCGAAAGCUCGUCGUGCAAAACAGUAUAAGAAAAACGGAAAACUUCGGAAAAUAAAUCCACGUCAAAGUACAGGAUACUAAU